GCUGUCAUUGACUGGCCCACAGAGGAGGGCAAGGAAGUAUGGGGUUACGUGACCGUCCGCAAGGAUGCCUACAUGUUCUGGUGGCUCUAUUAUGCCACCAACUCCUGCAAGAACUUCUCAGAACUGCCCCUGGUCAUGUGGCUUCAGGGCGGUCCAGGCGGUUCCAGCACUGGAUUUGGAAACUUUGAGGAAAUUGGGCCCCUUGACAGCGAUCUCAAACCCCGGAAAACCACCUGGCUCCAGGCCGCCAGUCUCCUAUUUGUGGAUAAUCCUGUGGGCACUGGGUUCAGUUACGUGAAUGGUAGUGGUGCCUAUGCCAAGGACCUAGCUACGGUGGCUUCAGACAUGAUGGUUCUCCUGAAGACCUUCUUCAAUUGCCACAAAGAAUUCCAGACAGUUCCAUUCUACAUUUUCUCAGAGUCCUAUGGAGGAAAAAUGGCAGCUGGCAUUGGUCUAGAGCUUUAUAAGGCCGUUCAUCAAGGGACCAUCAAGUGCAACUUUGCUGGGGUUGCCUUGGGCGAUUCCUGGAUCUCCCCUGUUGAUUCGGUGCUCUCCUGGGGACCUUACCUGUACAGCAUGUCUCUUCUCGAAGACAAAGGUCUGGCAGAAGUGUCCGAGGUUGCAGAGCAAGUCCUGAGUGCUGUAAAUAAAGGGCUCUACAGAGAGGCCACAGAGCUGUGGGGGAAAGCAGAAAAGAUCAUUGAACAGAUGGCGCCUGCUAUCAUCUCAAGCUCUCAAGAGAAUGGACCACAUGAGCUAUUUAUGUGUGCCUUACACCUGACCAGUCGGCACAAAUUUCUGGAUUCCAAGCUACUCCCUCUUUCUCCUUCCCCAUGUGCAGGCCAGGCUACCAACGUCUUUGUAAACAUGGAGGAGGACUUCAUGAAGCCAGUCAUUAGCAUUGUGGACAAGUUGCUGAAGGCAGGGAUCAACGUGACCGUGUAUAAUGGACAGCUUGAUCUCAUCGUAGAUACCAUGGGUCAGGAGGCCUGGCUGCGGAAACUGAAGUGGCCAGAACUGCCUAAAUUCAGUCAGCUGAAGUGGAAGGCCCUGUACAGUGACCCUAAAUCUUUGGAAACGUCUGCUUUUGUUAAGUCCCACAAGAACCUGGCUUUCUACUGGAUUCUGAAAGCUGGUCACAUGGUUCCUUCUGACCAAGGGGACAUGGCUCUGAAGAUGAUGAAACUGGUGACUCAGCAAGAAUAGGGUGAAUGGGGCUGGAGAUGAGCUGGUUUGUUUGGCCUUGGGGCACAGAGCUGAGCUGAGGCCUCCGAAGCUGUAGGAAGCUGAAGCUUUAGGAAGCACCAUUCUUCCCUGUAUCUACCUGAGUGAUCAAGAAGGUUCUGACCAGUUGCCGCAGAGGAUAAAAAUCAUUGUCUCUGGAGGCAAUUUGGAAAUUAUUUCUGCUGCUUAAAAAACCUAAGAUUUUUUUAAAAAAUGGAUUUGUUUUAAUCAAAAUGAAGGAUGAUAAUAGAUUAUUACUUUUUCUUAUGACAGAAGCAAAUGAUGUGAUUUAUAGAAAAACUGGGAAAUACAGGUACACAAAAAAUAAAUCAACACCUGUAUACCCCCUUCCCAGGGUUACCAAUUUAGCAUAUGUCCUUGCAGAUUUUUUUUUUUUUUUUGCUAUAUAUACAUAUAUAUUUUUUACCAAAAUGAAUCAUUACUGUAUGUUGUUUCACUAUUUGUUUGACAUAUCAGUAUAUCCAAAACACCUUUUCAUGUCAAUAAAUGUUCUUCUAUAACAUUU